AUGACUGAAUCGGUGGAGGCGCUUCGCCAGAGAAUCCAGGAGGAGCUGGUAGCGUCCGGGAAGUACGACGAGAUAUCGAACCUCCUGAAGCUGAAGCUUAUUGACUCUGGUUGGUACGACAAGGUGAAGUCAAUGGCACAGGUGCAGGCCAGCAACGAGGCCAACCCGACCUUUGCGACCCUUUCCAAGAAAUUAGAGCCAAAGGCGAUGGAAAUGGUUCCUGAGGCUGUUGAGAGAGAGGCUCUUAUCAAGAUCAAGCAAUUCUUGGACUCGGUGGUCGAGUAG